UUCCUCCUCCGCCUCCUCCCCCUCCUCCUCCUCUUCCUCCUCUGGUCCCUCCCUCCCUCCCUCCUUUCCUCCCGCCACUGCCUUGGCGCGCAUGGCCGAUGGCGGGUCGGACUCCACGGGCGAGGAGGCGGGCGCCGCCAGGGGCCGCCAGUGGUUCGCGCCCGUGCGGCACCUGAGCGGCACCUGGCAGGCGCUGAACGAGUGGGGCGACGACUUCGAGAGGAGGAACUUCGACGGCAACUUCCUGGGUGCCGUGCGGAGCGCUCCGCAAGCCGCCCGGGUGCUCGGGGGCCGCGUGGGCGAGCACGCCUCCCGCAUCGGCGAGGAGCUCGGCACAGCUGCGGCGAAGCUUGUGGAGG